UGUGUUUUGCAUUUUUCAAACAGCUUGAGAUAUAGAAGACGAUUUUGCAGGAAGCCAUGUUUAUAACACUACUUUUACCUCUAUUUCUGUCCUUACUUUCCGGCAUAAUCAAUGCCGAUGUGGUCUAUACGAACCAUACUACCAUGGACGAUGGGAAGUACAAGCUUUGGUGGACAUUUAACAACGCUACAGACACAUUUUAUUUCAAAGUUGAGGCCGAAGCUCUGGGAUGGAUUGGGUUUGGUAUAACUCUGUUGUAUGGUGAAGAUUGGAUGAUGAAUGGCAUGGAUACCUAUGAUGCCUUGGUGGCAGGAGUUUAUACUUCAAAUGGUUCAACAUAUGGCCUGGAUUAUCUGCUGAUAAACCAGAACAGGUCCCAGUGUCCUGAGCAUGUUGAUGAUCACAAUGAUUGGAUAAUCACAAAUGCAUCAGAAAAGGAAGGCAAGACUAUUCUGGAGUUCAACCGUAAAAGACUUACUAAUGAACCAGUGAACACUCAUUUCAGACCAAGAAAAGGAGAUAUCCAAAUAACUCCUGGAAAUCGAAGCUUUGUUUGGGCCUACCACAAAACAAUUGACCAGCCAUGCCUUAGUGGAAUUGGCUUUAAGCAUGACAGGAGUGGUCUUCAAAAAGUAGUGCUACUCCCUGUAGAAGAAAAAGAAAGAGAGCCAAUAUACAUAACUACAAAACCAGAGGUCCAUGCCAGGAGGGGGCCUGCCAAUAUCCCUGUCAUUGCCUCAGUGCUUGCAUUUAUUCCUUUUUUAUUGGUGUUAGCAUUUGAGGGUCGUUAGGGUCUUUUUUAACAAACCUAUUGUACAUGUAUGUAUAAACAUGACAACAACAUUAACCUUGAACUCCGCUAUUGUUAGACUAUUGAUGACUAUAUGAUUAUGAUAAUAAUAAUGGGGUUCUUAUAUAGCGCAUUUCAYGUGGUCACAACACACACUAACCUUGAACUCCACUAUUGUUAGACUAUUGAUGACUAUAUGAUUAUGAUAAUAAUAAUGGAGCUCUUAUAUAGCGCAUUUCACAUGGUCACGAUGCACUUCACAUUCAUAACCAGUGGAGGACUUUACGGGCUGCAUAUUAAGGCGCUAUUAGUAGCCAUGCAGCUUACAGUCAUAGGUAUGAAUUGUUAGUAGAUUAGUAUUAUGCCUCCAAAUUGGAAUAGGCUGUUGUUUAUGAUAUGAUUCAAGACCAAGCUUUAAUAACCAAUUAUGAUGAAAUAGUGUAUUCAAUACAGUGUGGUAGUCAGACUAACACAACAGAAAACAAUAGUGCAACAGCACUAAUUACACUAAUUACACUAACGGUAAUAAUAAUGAUAAUAAUAAUAAUAAUAAUAAUAGUUUAAUCGCACAUCACAUUAAAAAAUGAAGUACAAUGUGUUAGUUAACAAGUAGCAAGAAAAUUCACAAAUGAUGAUGAUGAUGAUGAUGAUGAUGAUGAUGUAAAACAAUGACAAUGGUGAUUAAAGGCUUUUGAACAUCACUGUAAAAAUCUACCAAUCUACAGAGUAUGUAAUGCAUAUGGUGUGUCUCCUUUUGUUAUGUCCGAAAAACAAUGUGUAACAGGCUGUACAUGUAAAGUCGAUGUAAACUUUUCAAUUGUAACAAAAUUACAACAACUUUGAAGGGGAAAAAA